CCCAUUCUGUUGAGCUACUCCUUGGUUUAGCUAGCGUGUGUGUGGUUGGAUGGUUUGUUGGUUGCUAGGUUGGUUGUCGAGUGGUCUCGCUAGGAAGUUCGGGAAUGGGUGGAUCAGGGGCUAUUUGAGGACUUGGCUGGCUCGCCAGAGGGCGAUACAAGUUGAAACAUGAAUAAUAAAGACCACACAGCAAAUAUCGCCACGACCUUGGGCACAGAAAGUGUGCCCUUCGUGGUGAAAUCGUCAUCAUCUGCACCAUGACAGGCAUUGGAUAUAUCAUUUUGUGAUUUGGAGAAAUACCUCAUUAACAAUGGAAUCUAUCUACAACAAAGCCUAUAAGAACCAACGGAUGGGCAAACGCACUCCGGACAUGGACAAAAACACCAUUUUACUCAAUGAUCUGGUUGAUGUGCUGCCUAAAGUCACACCGACCAAGAUUCAGGAGGUCAUUGACAAACUAGACGAGAUGGAUGAGAUCUUGCAGAAGCUCAUGAAAGAUCGGAUAGUGAGUGUGAUCCCCAAGAGUCUUUUAAGGUUUGAACCUACCCGUGAAAUCUUGGAACAUGGAGAUGACAUCCACUUGCGGCGCUGUGAAGCCAUGUUAGCUCGAGGGAGCAAUCCUUUCGAGGUGUUUGGGUGUAAGACCCCGGGUCAAGUCUUCAAUGAAGUCAUCUCCUACGUAACCUUGAUUGAGAAUGACAAGGCCGAGCGGCAUUUCUUGGCUCGAAAGCGCAAUUUCCGCAGGCACAAGAUCCCGUCCGAGGAGGUGCUCCUUUUCUACCCGUUCUCCGUUUAUAAUAUUAAUAGUCUCUUGGGCGGCGAGGCUUUGGAUAUGUUUGAAGAUUAUCUGUUCCAAGACAAGAUACCUCUAGUUGAGGCUCCGUCCAUUUGUCCGGGCUUUGGAAACGGCCUUCUUCUCUGCCGGGUUCUUUUGGGCCAAACCAAGGCCAUUACGCAGAAUUUAAAGUGGCCCAGUCCGGCGAAUUCAGUCAGAAUCGAGUCUUUCUCCAAAGAUCCGGACCAAACCUCAGGAAUCCGAUACUUAGUGGAGGAAAAGACCCAAGUCCUCCCUUACUGUUUGAUCCGUUUCAAUCCGGAGUUUGCGGCUCGAACCAUAAAGAACGAUCUGAGUCACCACACGGUGACUCCCAAAGAGGAUAUGAUGUCCAGGCACCGAGAUGAGUCCAUGGACGUGUCACAAAAUGGCCAUGGUGGCAAAAGACCCACCAGAUCACAGACCAAAUUGUCCCAUCUCUUGCCUCAAGAUGACCUCCCAAUAUUCGGAGCCAAGAGCCAAUCCUUUGCCUCAUACAUGGAUACCGGAGCAAUAUCCAAGCACCAGAAUGAUGAAAUGUUCUUAGGGAGUCAACCGAGCAAGAAGAUGAAAAUUCACCCCAAUCUGGCACGAUAUAUUAAGAAAGUGUCUUUGGACCGCGAAGAUUACGACCGAGAUUGUAUGAUUUGUACCUUUGCCCUUACCAAAUGCGGAAUCUAUGAUGAGAAAGGAUCCCGCCAUGAAGCAACAUGGUUUAAGCUAAUCCAUUGUGGUCAUGUAUUCCAUGCCACGUGCCUUGAAGAGAUGGUACGCCAUUAUAAAGAGUUUCUGCAGUGUCCCUAUUGCAAAAUGGUUUAUGGAACGAAAGUGGGAAAUCAACCUCCGGGGACCAUGAAAAUUUUGAUUCUUCCUCAAAGUCUGCCCGGAUUUGCGGAGUGUGAAACCGUGGAAAUCACGUACUCCAUCAAACCCGGUGUUCAAGGGCCCCACCAUCCCAAUCCCGGGCUGCCUUACCAUUGCCCAGGCUUUCCACGAGUGGCGUAUCUGCCCAACAAUAGUCAAGGAAAUGUGGUUCUAAGAUUGCUCCAAAAAGCCUUUGAUCAAAAGCUGACCUUCACGGUUGGGCAAUCGACUACGACAGGGAAGGACAACGUAGUGACUUGGAACGAUAUUCAUCAUAAGACUCAGAAUUACGCGGGAGGCCAACAUGGCUAUCCAGAUCCCAACUACUUGGACCAAACCAUCCGUGAAUUGGCCCAACAUGGUAUUGUUGACGAGUAAUACGGGAUUCACCCGACUCCACUGGAACCAUUGAAGAGACAAUCGAAUACACCCAGACCAUUCACUCGCACUGAGCUCCCUCUCGUUGUAUGAUUGAUGGAAUAGCCAAUGAAUGCUUCGUUCAACCACCAUUUCUACAUUCAAAUUGUUCCUGUUGAAUUUGAGCCUAACAAUUAGAUCUACAAAAGGAGAAACAAUAAACGUAUAUCUUUCACCAUUCA